GCAGGCGCCGAAGGGAACUGUCUCUGGACUGGGUUGGGCGCCCCCGCCUCUGUUGAAGCCGCUGUGUUGUCGUUUCUGUCGGGAUGGCUGAGGUAGAAGAAACCCUAAAACGAAUUCAGAGCCAGAAGGGAGUGCAAGGCAUCAUUGUUGUCAAUUCAGAAGGCAUUCCAAUCAAAAGCACCAUGGACAACUCCACCACCGUGCAGUAUGCCAACCUGAUGCACAGCUUCAUCUUGAAGGCUCGGGGCACUGUGCGAGACAUUGACCCCCAGAAUGAUCUCACAUUCCUCCGCAUUCGCUCAAAGAAAAAUGAGAUCAUGGUUGCUCCAGAUAAAGAUUAUUUCCUGAUUGUGAUCCAAAAUCCAACAGAAUAAUUUGCCAUAUUCGAGGUGCCAUAUUUUUUUUUCUUUAAUAGUCUCCCUGAAAGAAAGCAUUACUGUUGACUCCCUCUCACCACUGAAUGGUUUGUGGAAAACAAAAUGAUGUCAGACUGGAUUUGCAGAGAUCAUGUGACCCAGGGCGGGGCCCAGAUUGAUUUUCUUAACCUUUUAUCCACCUUGAAUCUUCUAAGGCUGCAACUAGAGCCUUCAGCCUUCAGGAAGAAAGCCCUUUCAGACAAGCUUAAUGGCCUGGGCUGGUGCCCACCCCUAAGGCCCAAGCUCCCCUCUAGCCAGGUCCUCCUUCCUCCCAAUCCAGGCUCUGGGCUUCUGGUUUUAAUUUUGUUGCUAUGUUGAAAGGAACUAAAAAUAACUGUAACGAUUGUUCUUUCUGUAUUAUUAAAUGCCCUGGUGGGAA